ACACACACACACACACACACACACAUAGAGACACACUGUCAAACAAAUACAUAACCACAUUAGAACUUUCUACAGAACUAACCGAGCUGUCUGCAUGUUCCUCACUCUCAACAACCUCUUCCCUCACAGAGGAAGCUGUGCUGAUAAGCCUCAGUUCACUGAAGAAGGAAACAAGGAGACAAGGACAUAAGGAAGAGGAAAAGGAGACAGACAUUCCAUCACAGCCCCUGUGGAGCUGCAGUAGGGGACGAGCCUACCAGCCGUUUAUUUCUAAUCGUGGAGAAAAGCUGAACAGCGAGCAGGAAUGAGUCCGCUGAGAGGUUCCUCCUGCCUUUUGAUAUUCCUCUAUGCAGCAGCUGUGUGCGCAGGUGUGGGCGGUGCAAAGGUGGACAAUGUGUCGUCAGAAGUCUGUCGUCAUCCAUGCGAGGACCUGCUGGGCUUGCUCACUGAGAUCCAAGGCCUGCGUAUUGUGACCAGCAGCCUGCUUGAAGACCUGGAGAGAGUAUCAAAAGAAAAUGAAUGGAUGCGGGUAUGUUUGGCUGAUCUGAGCAACCGCAGGAGCGACAGGAGCAACAGCAGCAGCGACAGCAGCAACAGGAGCAACAGCAGCAGCAACAGCAGCAACAGGAGCAACAGCAGCAGUAACAGCAAUAGCAACAGCAAUAGCAACAGCAAUAGCAACGGCAACAGUAGCAACAACCACAGGAGCAGCAGCAAUGGCCGUGGUGGCGGCGAUGAUUUCAAUGAUCUUGACAGAGAGGUCUGGUGUAUGCAGGAUGGACGAGUGUACGAGCACGGGGAGGAUUGGGACACUGACAGCUGCACCGCCUGUGCUUGCAAGGAUGGAAAGGUGGUGUGUCAUCAGAUAUCUUGCCCUCCUGUAUCCUGCAUCUAUCCAUCCUUUAUCGAUGGAGAGUGCUGUCCUGUCUGCCUCAAUAAUGAAAACGGCUGGUCCCCGUGGUCUGAGUGGACCCACUGUUCGGUCACCUGUGGACGUGGAGGGCAGCAGAGGGGCCGAUCCUGCAACGGCAUCAAGCCGUCCUGCGCCGGCCCGUCAGUCCAGACCCGCAGCUGCAUGCUGAUGAAGUGUGACCGCAAGGCUCGUCCUGAUGGGAACUGGGGCCUUUGGUCUCCUUGGUCUGCGUGCACAACCACAUGUGGAGAUGGCAGCAUCACACGGGUUCGUCUCUGCAACAACCCUCCGCCACAGAAGGGGGGCAGAGGGUGCACGGGCAACGACAGGGACACGCAACCUUGCAACAAUACACUCUGCCCCAUUCCUGGAGGCUGGACGAGUUGGAAUGAGUGGUCCCUGUGCUCAGAGUCGUGCGGUGGAGGUCUUACGAGUCGCCAGCGGGAGUGUUUGAACCCAGCCCCUCAGCACGGCGGGAAGCCUUGUGCUGGAGACACUGUGGACUAUGAAGCGUGUAACAAACAACCGUGUCCUAUAGAUACAUGUUUGCUUUCAAAUCCAUGUUUUCCUGGGGUGGAGUGCACAUCACAUAGCGACGGAUCGUGGGAGUGUGGACGCUGUCCGUUGGGUUUAAAUGGUAAUGGCACUCACUGUGAAGAUGAGAAUGAGUGUGAAGUGGAGAGUGUGUGUGUCACAGAGUGUGUAAACACAGACCCGGGCUUCUACUGCCUGCCCUGUCCUCCUCGCUAUAAAGGCACCCAGCCGUAUGGCCUCGGAUUGCAGGAAGCCCUGAACACCAGGCAGGUGUGUGAGCCAUACAAUCCCUGCAAAGACAACACACACACCUGCCACAAGUAUGCUGAGUGUAUCUACCUGGGCCUCGCGUCUGAGGUUUUGUUCAAGUGUGUGUGCGCAGUCGGAUUCGCCGGCGACGGCUCCCUGUGUGGUGAAGACUCUGAUCUGGAUGGCUGGCCCAACUACAGAUUAACCUGCAAGCAGAAUGCAACCUAUCACUGUGAACGGGAUAAUUGCCCCAUGCUACCAAACUCUGGACAGGAAGACCUGGACAUGGACGGACGUGGAGACGCCUGCGAUCCUGAUGACGACAACGAUGACAUCAUAGAUGAGAGGGACAACUGCCCGCUGGUGUACAACCCUCGGCAGUUUGACUCUGACAGAGAUGGGGUCGGAGACCGCUGUGACAACUGUCCGUUUGACAGCAACCCGCUGCAGACAGACACUGAUGACAAUGGAGAGGGAGACGACUGCAGCAUUGACAUUGAUGGAGAUGAGGUUCUGAAUGACCGUGACAACUGUCCUUCAGUCUACAACACUGACCAGAGGGACACAGACCUGGAUGGUGUUGGAGACCAGUGUGACAACUGUCCCCUUCUACACAACCCACUGCAGUUCGACUCUGACAGUGACCUGGUGGGGGACAUGUGCGACGACAACGAGGACAUCGACGAGGACGGCCUCCAAAACUCUCUAGACAACUGUCCCUACAUUGCCAAUAGCAACCAGGCCGACCACGACAACGACGGGAAGGGAGACGUCUGUGACCAUGACGACGACAACGACGGUAUCCCAGACGACCGGGACAACUGCAGACUAGUACCCAACAGGGACCAGCUGGAUUCUGAUGGUGACGGGAGUGGAGACGCAUGCUUUGAUGACUUUGACAAUGACAGUAUUCCAGAUGCGCUGGAUCCAUGUCCGCUGAACCAGGAUAUCGGGUCUACAGAUUUCAGGAAGUUUCAGGUUGUUUUGUUGGACCCUAAAGGCACCACGCAGUCCGACCCGCUCUGGGUGAUCCGCAGCCAAGGCACCGAGCUGCUGCAGACGGCCAACUCAGACCCUGGCAUCGCUUUAGGAUAUGACAAGUUCAGCGCGGUGGACUUCAGUGUAACAUUUUAUGUGAAUACCAACCGAGAUGACGACUACGCCGGCAUCGUGUUCGCAUACCAGUCCAGUCGACGCUUCUAUGUCGUCAUGUGGAAACAGGUGUCUCAGGCCUACUGGGAGAAAAAGCCGUCCAAAGCUUUUGGCAACGCGGGAGUCUCAAUCAAACUGGUCAACUCCACCACGGGACCAGGGGAGUAUCUACGCAAUGCCCUGUGGCACUCCGGAAACACCAGACACCAGGUCAGAACAUUGUGGCAUGACCCCAAUAAAAUUGGCUGGAAAGACUUCACAGCCUACCGCAUGCACCUUAUCCACAGACCCAAGACUGGGUUCAUCAGGGUGAUGGUGUACGAGGGCAGGGAGAUUUUAUCCGACUCGGGGGCGGUGUACGACCACACCCUGGCGGGGGGCAGACUGGGACUGUUUGUCUUCUCUCAGGAACACGUCCUCUUCUCAGACCUCAGAUACGAGUGCAGAGAUAACUGAAUUAUUUUGGUGGGAUAUUCAGGAAACUCUUCAACAACCCAGAGAUCCACAGUCAUUUCAGAAAAGCUUAACACAACUGAGAGAGAGAGAGAGCGAGAGAGAGAGAGCACCAGGUCACUAAUUGAUAGUCUUGACUGAACAAAGGCCUGCUUUAUCCGGCCAAGACUAUCAAUUAGUGACCAUCGUCUAUUUAUCAGCUUUUUAUGCGACGGUAUUGGUCUCAUUCGCUGUAUAAUACUGCAAGACUCAGACAGCAUCUCCAAUGAUUGUAACUUCUUGCUGCUUUUUGCUAAUGGUUGUAAAUAAUUAUUUAUUGCCAGAUAUGAAUGGGAGAAAUUUGUGGAUAAAUUGGUAAUGGAGUAAGUAGAGAAGCACUGUGCAAAUGUCUGGUGGCAACUUAUCAAUAAAACACUUUUUUUUUCAA